AUUAUGUUUACGAAAAAUGUUUCAGCCCACUAAAAAAAUCAGCAACCGGCGGAAUCGCACGACAUCAUCGUCGCUCUCAAUACAGAAGUGACCGUAAUAAGACAUUUUUAUUUAUUGAAAUUCAUGAGAGGCAGAAAUUUGCAGGAAAUUAUCAGCUGACAUGGAGAAGCAGAGCAUGAAACUGUGCAUACUGCUGACUUUGGCUGCAUCGGUGCAAACUUACCAGUUCCAAGAGGCCACCGUGUCCUGGGAUGCUGCCCAGAAAAGUGUGAUCCUGAAGGAGGGGGUGAUGGAGACAGAGGGGGGAGCCUACGGUUACUUCAAUGACACUCUGCUCCUCUCUGGAUGGGGCGUCUUGGAGAUCUGUGCCGGUUACGGAGGAAUCACACAGGAAGAUGAGACUACCUUCUUCCUCGCUGGCUACCUGGAAGGCUACCUCACUGCUGGACAGAUGUUCAGUCACUACUCCAACAUGUAUCCUCAGCUGAUAAAAGAUGAGAAGGUUCUGAAUCCCCUGAAAAGGUUUUUAAGCAAACAAGACCAGUGGGCCAGAGAGCAGGUGAAACAGCGGAGGAACAGCGACCCUCUGUGGAAGCAUCUGGGACUGAUCCUGGCCCAGCUGGACGGGCUCCACGCCGGAGCUGCACAAUGGGCCAAAAGCAAACACAGAGAGCCUCUAUCAGCGUUUGCGGUCCAGUUCCUGAACGGUGUCGGUGACCUGUUGGACCUCGUCCCAGCUCUGACACCUCGCUCCAACUCCUCCACAGGGACCAGUGCUUUCAGAAUGCCAGGAAUGGGCCACUGCACUGCUCUCAUAAAGGUGCUGCCAGGCUUUGAGAACCUGCUGUUUGGCCACUCUAGCUGGUAUACUUAUGCAGCCACCAUGCGUAUCUACAAACACUGGGACUUCAGGGUGUCUGACAUGCACACCGCCACCGGAAAGAUGUCGUUCAGCAGCUACCCUGGCUUCCUGAUGUCUCUCGAUGAUUUCUACCUGCUGGGGAGCGGCCUGCUGAUGACUCAGACCUCCAACAGUGUCUUCAACGUCUCUCUGUUCUCGCGGCUCAGCCCUCACAGCCUGCUGGCCUGGCAGAGAGUCCGCCUGGCCAACAGCUUGGCGCACAGCGGAGAGGAGUGGGCGCGCAUCUUCUCCAAAUACAACUCAGGUACAUAUAACAGUCAGUACAUGGUGGUGGACCUGAGCAGGGUUUCUCUGGGUCACAGCAUCAGGAAUGGAGCUCUGACCAUUGUGGAGCAGAUUCCCAGGAAGGUGAUACACUCGGACCAGACCGAAGCUUUACGAAGAGGGUAUUGGCCGUCCUACAAUAUACCAUUUCAUGUUGAAAUCUACAAUCUGAGUGGGUACGGCGUGAUGUGGAGGAGACACGGAGAAGACUUCUCCUAUGACCUCUGUCCCCGAGCCAAAAUCCUGCGCAGGGACCAGGCGAAGGUGUCUGACCUCAGCUCCCUCAAACACAUCAUGAGAUACAACAACUACAGGAGAGAUCCCUAUUCCAAGGGCCAUCCAUGUAAAACCAUCUGUUGCCGUAACGACCUAAGACCAAGGAGACCACGCCCAGGGGGUUGCUAUGACACUAAGGUGACGGACUACCAGAUGGCUCUCCAGCUGGUCACGGAGGCAAUAAAUGGCCCUACGACGCAGGGGGGUCUGCAUCCGUUCUCAUGGCAAUCCUUCAACCUCACCACUCAUCAGGGUCUCCCACACAGCUACAACUUUACCUUCGUCACCAUGAGGCCCACACUGUGCCGGCCCUGAGAGACAGAGGUGGAAGAUACUGUUUCUGUUCAAAUCAGGAAUCCUGAAAUGUUUUGUCACAACACUGAAUAUAAAAUAUUAUACAAACGUCCCUCUACUUUGGUGAAAAAAUAUUAAAAUACGAGUAGUUUUAAUUCCCAGACACAGUGCAUCAUCAGAACUGCAGCUGGUCUUGACAUGGGACAGUCUAGUUAACCUCAUGUCCCCAUUGUCAAGUGUAUUGUCUGACUGAAUUUAAAUUUAGUGUAAUUACAUUAAAGUCAUUUAUUCAUGAUUCAUGUCAGUCUGAGGUAGAUAGACACCAGGUUUACUGUUUGUUUCUAAGUUAUUUACUAAUCCAUGAAUACACCAUCCUAAAAACGCAUUUCUAAAUAAAUAUGCUUGUUUCACCACCGAACCAGAACACUGCAAACAGUGACAGUAUGAUGAGGGUCCAUUCUUAAUUAACAUGAGGAUAAUUGACUAAUUAGACAUGUUUUCAGACUGUGUUCGAUUUUAGACAUUUUGUUGGGGGUAUUAAUUUAUUUGUCUUAGGUUCUAUGCAAUGUUGACUCAGGUUUACACGGUGUGAACUUCUAUUAUUUGACAGACUUUAUGUAAAUAUUAACAGUAAUAAAGUGUUUGAAUGUUAUAAACUGUGGUGCGUUUACGCCGCUCAAGCAAUCAGAGAAGUUUUACAACAAGGUUAAAAGUCUACAGCCUCAGUGAGGCUGCACUCAGGCACAUCAGUCAGCCUGCUGGUGAUGCAAGAGGAAAAGUCAGGGGAUCACCAGAGUCAGUAGGCUUCAUCCUCUGGGAACCAUGAAUGUCUGUACAAAGUUUCAUGGCAAAGCAUCAAAUAGCUAUAGAGAUAUUUCAGUCUGGACCAAAGUAGGCUGAAUGACCAACAGACAGACCGACGCUACCUUCUUUAAAUCCAUGUAACAGCUAAAAACUACAAAACCCAGUUCUUUUGGUCUUUAUCAAGUCUACAAAUGAGAACUAGACCAAAACCGGAAGUUGGGCAAAUUUAGCUUUCAAAAUAAAAGAAUUGCUAAAAAAAACAAAACAAACCAGACAUUCAUAACUUCAGUAUAAUACAGUUUACUGACACAACAUUUGAUUGUAUGACAGAUGUGGUUCUCCAUCAUUCCCACUGAAACAUAUAAUUAACUUUGGUACUUUGUAGGAGGGGACAUGUGUACUUUUUGAUUUGCAGAAUAUUUUUUCCACCAUUGUGGCCUGAUAACUCCACCUGCAUUUAAACCAUUAACCUAAUUCACUGUAAAUAGUAUGAAACAGAAUUAGUUAUUUGUGACAGUAAUAAACGAUAUGUCAAGCAAGAACUAGAAUUAAAUGAUUGUCUGAAACUAUAAUGUAUUUUUGAAAGUCCAGUCUUUGGGUGUUGGGUUACCUGAACAAAUGAGCCAC